AUGGAUCAUUACCACCCUCCUACCCAGGUCCCGGACCAGGUAGCGACACCUGGUUUCUCGUCGGGUGAAACCGACAGGAUGCUCGGUCCAUAUGUCGCACUGCAGAGCGACCUUGACGAGGCUUACAAGAAGUACCUCGAAUAUGCCGACGUCAUUGGUAGAGGCGACCGACUGGCACCUCUCGUGGGCGACUCGAUUCUCUACCCCGAAGUAGAAAGAACAGCCGCUAGAAUAUUCGGCGAGCCACGCCCACGCUUGGUUCAAGGCAACGUCCAAGUACCCACUGAAUGGACCGAUGUCCUUCGUGAAUCGCUAACUCCUGGGGAUUUCCAACGACAGGAAAACGGCAUGUUCCUGUGCCGCGUUCGGGGCAGUUUGAUUGAGGUUUCUGAUGCGAAUUACCUUGAGAUCCUCACCGGCGUCACAGAACGACUUUUGCAGCCACUCCAAAACUUGUCCGAUGAGCAGAAGGAGACUCGAGUACGCCUCAAACUGGGUGCCUACCUGCAUCAGACACACGACAACGCCCUCUCUAUCAGGAACAAUCAUGUGGUCGAAAACACGAAUGCCAAUCUCAAUUCCGAUGUCAAUGCCCGUACUGAACCGUCUAAUCUCACCUCAGAGAUGAACGUUAAUUCAAUCACUUCAUGGUUGCGCAACAUUGAUACUUCCGGUGAUGUAGGCGACGAUGCUGAAUCAUUUGGAUCCAACAUCCCUUGGCCGGCUCAAUCCGAGGAGGCAUCCCGUUCGGCUGAUACCGCUGCAGAACAAUAUGGAACGAGAUACCGAGGCGUAAAGAGACCCCGAACUGAUUGUUCUUCCAGCGAAUCUGAAAGUAAGCCAGGGGCCGGUACAAGAUACUCUCCAAGGGAAGAGGCCGGCGGGCCUGCAUUUAUGAAGUGUCUGGUCGACAAAGGAUCCACUGCCGCCGAAAUCGAAGAAGAAUACUUCAAGAUGUUCGAGGUUUCCCGGUCCGCGAGUGGUCUUUGCAAGAAAUUCGAGAUCAGAGGUACUUGGGGGAUGCUGAAAUCUCACCGAGAAGCCAAGAUGCAGAGGACUAUGUCGUCCUAG